UUUCCUUGACGCGGUCGAAUCAUACAAAGAUUGUGCUGACGUAGGACACGCCAUCGCGUUAUGAGGACUCUCGAUGUUACUAAACGGAAAUGCAGCCAUGUGGUGGCAAGGCGUUAAAGCUAGCAUCACUUCCUGGGACGACGCUUUAUCAUCGUUACAAAGCGCUUUCGGUGAUUGCAGACCGCCCCAUCGAGUCUACUUAGAGCUCUUCAAAAUGUCGCAAGGACAAAGAGAGAAGACGGAGAUCUUCGUUGCCAGAGCACGAGCCCUGCUAGCUCGACUCCCACCUGGUGACCUUAGUGAGAAAGUUCAAAUUGAUAUGCUUUACGGCCUUCUACACCGUCGUGUUCGUAAAAGAUUAAGAAGAGACGAAAUAACUUCAUACGACACGUUAUUAAAGAAAACGCGCCAUAUCGAGGACUCCAUCUACGAGACCAGUCCGCCUGAAUUUAUUCAUCAUCCUCAGCGAGCGACGCCACGUUCAUCGGGUAGUACCGUAGGCGAAGUUCCCGCCGGUGCUUCGACUUCGGCGCGGAUGACGCCGCGGAAAAUAUUCAACUCGGGCGCCGCUGGCGGCCCGCCACGCGACGACAGCGCUGCGCCGAGCACCGUUCGAGUCCCCGCGCCUCGCUACACGAACCCUGAUAAUGUAUCAUCUACGUCGAUUGUUAAAAGACUGUUCUGUGUUUAUUGCAAAAAGUACGGACAUAUUCGUUAUGAGUGUUUAAAAUUAGCGUCAAAAACGAAAUUCGACAACGAAAAUACGCAAGCUGUAUCCUCGUGUUACGGGUGUGGUACCAAAGCUGUUACUCGGUCUCAGUGUACAAAGUGUAACGCAAGUUAUUACGCUGUCGACGCUGCACGGACCCGAUCAGUCACAUCCGAUUUACCUAUUGGUAAAGUAAAUAAACAGCUGUCAAGUUCAGUGAACUCUAUUCAUCGUGACAGCUCGUUGCAUACAGCUUGCACUUCAAACACCGUAAAGUCGUCCAUUUUUAUUAAUAAUCGUAAACAAUGUUUUGUUGAUAAUGAAAAUAAUUAUUAUCCUAACGAUUUUAAGGCGAUUCUUCCCCCGCGCUUUUUCGGUACUGAUAACAAGGUUAGACUUCAAAAUUAUUCUAGACUUAAUCAUAAUAUAAACAAUAAUAUUAGUUCUAGGAAUAGGCCCCUGAUGCGUUACUCGAGUGGUACCAAACCAAAAUAUAGUUAUUCCGAGGUACCAAGUGGCCGCGAUAGGGUGACCAUGAUGAAACGAAAAUAG